AUGCCAAACUGCCCAAAUUGUGAGAAGCCAGUCUAUUUCGCUGAACGUGUGUCAUCUCUUGGAAAAGAUUGGCACAGGCCAUGCUUGAAAUGUGCAAAUAAAGCAUGCGGCAAGACGUUGAGUGCUGGAAGUCAUUCAGAGCACGAAGGAAAACCAUACUGUAAUCGUUGUUAUGGAGCCCUUUACGGACCAAAAGGAUACGGUCACGGAGGAACAGAAUCACACACUUUCCUUCAUGGAACAACUGGAAAAUAA